AUGGAAGAUCAAGUCCGAAAACGCGAGCCCACCUACCAAAUAGUCAAAAAUGGUCUAGAGAUCCUCCUUCAGAUCCUGGGUCCUAAAGAAGAGGCACCGUUACGUUACCAAGACACUAUUCUCGUGGCGAUUGACUUUGAGAAUAAUAUUCAGUUUAGGGGAGACCUUUCUCGAAAUGUGGAUACGCAACUUGGCCUUGCGAUUCUUGAUACCAGAGAUAUUUCUACAGCUACAUCUCCUGAAAAGCUUAUAUCAACAUAUAAUUUUGUGACUGGAUCACCAAAAUACUAUCGCAAGGCUAUGCUUAAAUUUUUAUUUAGGAAGCCUGUCUGGAUAAAACUUGAUGAGGUUCUUGAUCAAAUCAAGGCUCUUAUUCCUACAGAUCGAAAUGUCAUUCUUGUCGGACAUGAUAUUAGACAUGAGGUUCAUGUCCUAUCAAAUAUAGGGUUUAAUCUACAAGGACUACAGUGUCUUGAUACUUUUAGAAUCACGGGUCAAGUUCUUCCACACUUUUCUCUUACUCUUGGGGAACUCCUUACUGAACUUGGGUGUCCAUAUAGUUGGCUUCAUAAUGGUGGCAAUGAUGCAAAUUUCACAUUACGAGCUCUUUUACUUCUUGGUAUAAAAGCCAGCCAGGAUCAAGCAGAAGCUAAAGGAGGCAGAGAUGAGAAGUUGCAGCUCAUGGAAGAAGUUGCAAGAUCUCCAAUCCCAUCAAUAUCACCAGGCGAAGCAGAACUAGUAGCGCAGGAAAAGGCUUCUGCUGCUGAAAAAAGGGCUGUGAAAACAGCAAAGCGAUUCAAGAAUACGCGCAAAUACCAAUCUAGAUUCUGGAGUGCUGAAAAACAAGCCGAAAUUCGUGCUGAAAGAACAGCAAUGAGAUUAGCCAAGGCAGAGUUAUCACUUGAACACAACGAUAAUGUUACGAGAUAA